CACUGUGUCAUUCAAACCUGAAGCAGCUCAGCUCAGGCAGUGUGAGAGCUGUGAGAGAUGUCUGCAAGUGACUGACACCUCUUUGUCUGGGCUUCCUCAUCACACAUGUUCCUGGGACUCUGAGCACUGAAACAUCUGGAGACACACAGGACUACAUCAUGGGCAAGAACAGGACAAUAAGACUUAUUCUGGGAAUUUACUUGUGUUUGUUGUAUGUGGUAAAGUCAGCCAAGCAGGACCCACAAGUGAUUGACCUUCUAACAAUUAGUGAGUCCCGGCACAUGUCUAGCAUUGUAGAGAAGAUCCGCUCUGAGCUGCUGACCGUUAAUGAUAUUUACUUCCUGUCUUCUUUCCGUCUGCCGCCCAAACUGGGAGGGCUCCUGUUUGGUCUCUACUCCAAAAAGGAUAAUAUAAAAUGGCUGGAGGCCACAGUGGUUGGAAAAAUCAACAAAGUACUAGUACGAUAUAUGCGUGAAGAUUCCAAAGUACAUGCUGUAAACUUACAGAACGCCAACCUGUCGGAUGGAAACACACACACCAUGAUCCUGCGAAUGAGUGGUCUUCGAGGGGACACUAUUACCUUAGAGCUGUAUGUGGACUGCAAACAAGUGGAUACCAGCCUGGGGCUUCCUGAAAUGAUGAUCAUGCCACAGUUUGAGGUGGACUCAGGGGAGCUCCGUUCUGGACACAAAGCCUAUAUCAGAAUGCAGGGUGCUGUAGAGUCUAUGAAGCUGAUUCUUGGUGGGACCAUGAGCCGUGUGGGAGCAUUGAGCGAGUGCCCCUUUCAGGAGGACGAAUCCAUACAUAAUACAGUGAAUGGUGUUGUUAACUCUAUACUUGGUGAGCACACCAAAGCACUGAUAACUCAAAUGACACUUUUCAAUAAGGUGCUUGCAGAACUAAGGGAGGACAUUCGGGACCAGGUAAAAGAGAUGUCACUUAUAAGAAACACAAUCAUGGAGUGCCAAGUGUGUGGUUUCCACGAGCACCGCUCAAGAUGUAACCCAAAUCCGUGCUUCAAAGGUGUGGAUUGCAUGGAGACCUAUGAGUAUCCAGGGUAUCGCUGUGGCCCCUGUCCCACUGGGUCACAGGGUAAUGGUUCAUACUGUGCAGAUAUUGAUGAGUGCUCUCAGGCCAACCCUUGCUUUACUGGCUCCAAAUGCAUCAACACAUCUCCAGGCUUCCGCUGUGAGCCCUGUCCACGAGGAUACAAGGGUAACACUGUGUCUGGGGUAGGAGUGGACUAUGCCAAAGCUAGCAAGCAGGUCUGCUCAGACAUUGAUGAGUGUAAUGAUGGUAACAAUGGAGGUUGUGCUGCUAAUUCCAUCUGUACAAACAGUGUGGGGUCUUUCAGAUGUGGUCCUUGUAAAUCUGGCUUUGUGGGGAAUCAAACUCAGGGUUGUGCGCCCAAAAAAUCUUGCGCUAGCCCAGCAUUCAAUCCAUGCCACGUGAAUGGACAUUGUGUGUUUGAGAGAAAUGGGGAUGUCACAUGUGCAUGCAAUGUUGGCUGGGCAGGAAAUGGCUACACGUGUGGGAGAGACACGGAUAUUGAUGGAUACCCAGAUGAGCCCAUGCCUUGUAUAGAUAACAACAAGCACUGUCGACAGGAUAAUUGCAGAUUCACUCCUAACUCUGGCCAGGAAGAUGCAGAUAAUGACGGGAUUGGAGACCAGUGUGACGAAGACGCAGAUGGGGAUGGAAUUAAGAAUGUUGAGGAUAACUGCAGACUUAUCCCCAACAAGGAUCAACAGAACUCUGACACUGACUCCUUUGGAGAUGCUUGUGACAACUGUCCUAAUGUCCCCAACAAUGACCAGAAAGACACUGAUGCCAAUGGAGAAGGUGACGCUUGUGACAAUGAUAUUGAUGGUGAUGGGAUUCCAAACAUGCUGGACAACUGCCCCAAGGUGCCUAACCCCCUUCAGACUGACAGGGACUUAGAUGGGGUAGGAGAUGCCUGCGAUAGCUGUCCAGAGACCAGUAAUCCAACACAGACAGAUGCAGACAGUGAUUUGGUGGGUGAUAUGUGUGACACUAACCAGGACAGGGAUGGGGACGGUCAUCAGGAUACCAAGGACAAUUGUCCAGACAUCCCAAACAGCUCCCAGCUGGACUCUGACAAUGAUGGAACUGGAGAUGAAUGUGACCAGGAUGAUGACAAUGAUGGAAUCCCAGAUUACAAUCCUCCUGGACCUGACAACUGUCGCCUGAUCCAUAACCCAAACCAGAAGGACUCAGAUGGGGAUGGCAUUGGUGAUGUAUGCGAGGAAGACUUUGAUAAUGACACAGUGAUUGAUCUUCUGGAUGUUUGUCCUGAGAGUGCAGAGGUUACACUGACUGACUUUAGGGCCUAUCAGACCGUUAUCCUAGAUCCAGAGGGAGAUGCUCAGAUAGAUCCUAACUGGGUCGUCCUAAACCAGGGAAUGGAGAUUGUCCAAACAAUGAACAGUGAUCCCGGGCUUGCAGUAGGAUACACAGCAUUUAAUGGUGUUGACUUUGAGGGAACAUUCCACAUAAAUACUGUGACAGACGAUGACUAUGCUGGAUUCAUUUUCAGCUACCAGGACAGCUCCAGCUUUUAUGUGGUGAUGUGGAAACAGACAGAACAGACAUAUUGGCAGUCUAUCCCUUUUAGAGCUGUGGCAGAGCCUGGCCUACAACUCAAGGCAGUGAAGUCCAAGACGGGGCCUGGAGAGCAGCUGCGCAAUGCUCUGUGGCAUACAGGACAUACUCAAGACCAAAUACGACUUCUAUGGAAGGACCCCCGCAAUGUGGGAUGGAAGGACAAGACCUCAUACCGCUGGCAGCUCAUGCACCGGCCCCAGGUUGGCUACAUCAGGGUAAAACUGUAUGAAGGAGUGGAUCUGGUGGCUGAUUCCGGAGUGGUUAUAGAUACCAGCAUGAGAGGGGGACGUCUUGGAGUCUUUUGCUUCUCCCAAGAGAACAUUAUUUGGUCAAACUUACAGUACAGAUGCAAUGACACAAUUCCAGAGGACUUUGAACCAUAUCGGCGGAUCCUGCUUGAAGGAAAGGAUUAAGGGAGACACAGCAUUAUUCCUCUCUCUGUAAAGCAUAAUGUCCAGCAUUAGGGGUUAUUCUGAUUUCCAGGGGUCAUAUGAAUAACUGGCACUUCCACAGACUCUGACUAACUACGCCAGCAUGGUACUUAAUAUUUUAGAGCAAGGGAACUCAGACCAAAGACAUUUUGGACUUUGAUGCUUUCAGACCCUCACACUGGACACAAAGAGGCUCCCAGCUACAAAGCUCUGGACACAUGGGGUUUGUGCUGUUUUGGUGGGUUAGAUGGGUGUUAUUGAUGUCAUCUGAUUUCUCAGUGUAAUUGUGUAAAUAUAGGUAAUACCCAUACAAACAUGUCCAUUAGUUUAAAUAAUUGUCUACUGCUAUAUAUGGAGUCUAAUGUGUGCACAUGAAUAUAAUAUAAUGUGCCAUUGGCAGCACAUAGUGGAUGCAUCUGCAGUUACAUGUGCAUGAUUGAGUUUUAUCGGAAACAAACAUGCUGGCAGCUUAAUGACUUAAUUUGGCCCCCUUGCGCCAAAAGCUUGACAAAUUUUAUUUCAUACAUACAGAAAGAGAAGCACAUUUUCGGGAACGAACACCAGCUCAAUAACUUGUUAGCUUGUUCUAUGGCGAUUUACCACCUGGGUGCCUCUUCUUUUAGCCCAAUGAUCCUUUUCACAGAGAAGAACAUUCCUGAAGCAUAUCAGUCAGAUCAUCUAGUAUGGUCAGUCCAGCCCUGAAAUAUCAGGCAAUCCCUCUCUGAACACGGAACAUGGGGACCCCAGAAAAUGUCUCCCUAAGGGAAAAAUGGGAGUCCUUUUUCAGUGGGCUUAGAGAAACAUGGCUGCACCUCACUGACGAGGCCCAAUGAAGGCUGAAAUAAUUGUCUAGGGUUGCCGUGUUACUUGUUCAGAGAGGAAUUGCCUGCUACUUGGCACUUGGCUGACCUUAAUAGGCAGGAUAAGACUGAUAUAAUAUAGGAAAAUUCUACUCUGUAAAAAGCAUUACUGGGAUAAAAAGAAGCUGCACCCAUGUGGUAAAUCGCCAUAGAACAAGUUAUUGAGCUGGUAAUUCGUUCCUGAGAUUACGGUUCUCUCUGUGUGCAUUAUGUCCCCCUAAGGUAAAGAGGAGCAACCAGACGUGGACUCCUUACUCAGUGUGCUUAGAGGAAUAUGGCUGCACCUCACUGACGAGACCCAAAGAAGGCCAAAAUAAUCGUCUAGGGUUGCCAUGUUAUUUGAUCAGAGAGGAAUUGCCUGGUACUUCGGCGCUAGACUGACCUUAUUAGGCGGGAUCAGACUCAAAUACUACAGGAAAGUUCUCAUCUGUGAAAAGCAUUACUGAGCUUAAAUGAAGCUGUAGGAACAAGAAAAAGAUACUGCACUCAUAUAGCUCCAAAUCCUCAGAUUUAUUUAGCAAAACCAAAAACACUCAGGAGGCACCUGACGUACAUCUUACAUGUUUCAUGCUACAUGGAUCACUUUAUGAUCAUGUAUGAUUAAUCGCUUCAUGUAGCAUGAAACGCGUAAGAUGUACGUCAGGUGCCUCCUGAGUUUGUUCAGUUUUGUUAAAUAAAUCUGAGGAUUUGGAGCAAUACGAGUGCAGUAUCUUUUCCUUAUUUCUAAAUCUUGGUGGUUUGUUCCUUUGCAUAUUUACUGGCACCCCGUUAUCUCUGGCUUCAGUGUGACCCCCUGCAAAGCGAUCAGUUGCAAGGUAUCUCUAUUGUUAAAAUGAAGCUGCACCCAGAGGGUAAAUCACCUUAGAACAAGCUAACAAGUUAUUGAGCUGGUUGUUUAUUCCUGAGAGUGCUCUUCUCUCUGUGUAAGAUUUAUUUAAGGCCAAUCUUCUCUCAGAACUUUGGUUUUGUGGAAACAGGUAUUAUGCUCUUGCAAUGUCUUGACCUGAUUUCUGAAAUGUACAGUCAUUUUUGAGAGAUUUAGGUUUUGCAUACAAUAUUUGUAGAUUUUCAAACAUAUAUAUUCUGACUACAACAUUCACAAAGCUUUAGCACAUACUGGUGGAGCUAAGGUGGAAUGAACUCUUGAAGGCCACUUAUAACAGUGAAUUGGGUCUCAUCACUGUACAGAAAUGAAAGGCCUGCUGGGAGGAUGCAAGUUGAAUUAUUCAAGCACAUUUUCUGCCUUUCUAGCAACUGGGUUUAAAGGGACAUAGAGACCAAUCAGGACAGAAAACAUUAUUUAUCGAAACAAAAUGUCUUAGUCAUCAUUUUUUGUUUUAAUAUUUUUUUUUAUUUAUUUUUUUUAAAUAAGUAUCUAAUUAUUUUUUUUCUAAUCAAAGACUAUUGACCUAACCUUGCCAUGUACUAAAUAUUAUUAUUGAUAAUCUUCAUACUCACCUGAAGUCAGUUCACAUGUUCAUGUCUUCGUUUUUUUUAAUCUUCACACAAAAAUUCAAAUCUCAAGUGGGUUAAACAUCAGAAUUUCCUAUAAUAUUUAUAAAGCAUAAAUUAAGUGGAGUAAAUAAACUAUGUUAUACCACAA